UUAGUCAGUCGGUUCUUAACAGCUGAUUGCGGUGGGAGUGGGCUCUGAUUUUUCGUGGGAAACUCUAAACCGUUUAGGUAACUAUUUUGUGCGAAACAGUGUCCGUUUUCAUCUAGGUCUAUAUUAAUCAGUCCAGUUCGUGUCGUUCAGUAUGGUGUAAUUUAAAAAAAUUUAUUUCUUUACAUUUUUUGUUUGGUUAACCAAUAUGGCGAGCUAAUGUUUAGAAUCUGAACAGCGUUUGUGAACCGGCUAGAUUCUCACUGGCUCGUUUGUAGGCUACUGAUAUUUACGGAUGACACCGAAUAAGUUAGCUAACGUUUGCUAACUGCGCAUCCUUGAAAGUUUAUGACUGCGGAUGUAAAGCUAAUUGGUUAGCUAGUUGAGAAAAUACUGACCGAUAUAGCCAUUCAAUUCACCUCCUAUCGCUUGAAAUCCCAGCUCGCUAGCCAGAAAUAGCAGGUGCAUGAUCAAUGGCCUCCAUAACGUCCACUCCAGCCACUUCAACAAGCCGGACAUCCCGUACGACAAGGCGGAGCACGGCCAGCACGCCCGGGAUAUCCCCGUCCAGCACGAGUCCAACACGCCUCACUCGCAUACAGGAGAAGGAAGAACUCAGGCAGCUGAAUGACCGUCUUGCCGCAUACAUAGAGCGUGCCCGGCAUCUGGAGAAUGACAAAUCCUCCAUGCUGAUCCUGCUGGAGGAGAAGGAAGAAUCGUCGACUAGAGAAUUGGGAAAAAUCCGGCUACUGUAUGAAAACGAACUCGCCGACGCUAGAAAGAUACUGGACACUACGGCCAACGAGAGGGCUAGGCUACAAAUAGAACUGUCCCAACUCUCAGAAGAUCACCGACAACUACAAACAAGGAAUAGUAAGAAAGAGUCCGAGCUGGCCACGGCAGUGGGGCGUUGGAGAAACCUUGAAGCUGUGCUGAACUCCAAAGAGGCAGAGUUUGCUAACUUGCUGGCGGGAAACCGGGGACUGGAAAAUGAAAUCGCAGAGCUCAAAGCCCAGGUUUCCAAUCUGGAGCUGGCCUUACAGGAUGCUAAGACUCAGCUCCACGCCGAGAUGCUGCGAAGGGUGGACAUGGAGAACCAGGUGCAAACGCUCCGGGAGCAGUUGGAAUUCCACAGACACAUCAGUGAGCAGGAGGUCAGGGAGAUGCGGAGCCGGCACGAGAGCAGGCUGGUGGAGGUGGACUCGGGGCGGCAGAAGGAGUUCGAGAGCAAGCUGGCCGAGGCCAUGCAGCAGCUCAGGCAGGAGCACGAAGGUCACAUCCAGCAGUACAAAGAGGAGCUGGAGAGGACCUACAGUGCCAGAUUAGAAAACGCACAGUAUUCAGCGGCCAAGAAUAGCGACCUGGCCAGUUCCACCAGGGAAGAGCUUGCUGGGACCAAGCUGCGACUGGAGAACAUGUCUUCUCAAAUCAGCUAUUUCCAGAAGCAGAGCAGCGACCUGGAGGCUCGGGUUCGGGAGCUGGAGGCCACGCUGGACCGGGAGAGGGAGGCCGGCCAGCGGCGGCUGACCGAGAAGGAGAGGGAGAUGGCCAACAUGAGGCAGCAGAUGCAGGCCCAGCUGGAGGAGUACGAGAACCUGCUGGACGUGAAGCUGGCCCUCGACAUGGAGAUCAACGCCUACCGGAAGAUGCUGGAAGGAGAAGAGCAGAGGCUGAACCUGUCCCCGAGCCCCUCCCAGCACGGGCCGGUAUCCCGCACGCACAUGCACGCUGGCAGGAGACAGAAGGGGAAGAAACGCAAGCUGGAGGGGCGGGCCAGCCUGUCGCCAGGUUACAAGAUCUCCCAGCAUGCCUCAGCACACGGGAGUGUGUCCAUUGACGAGAUUGACCUCGAAGGGAACUACAUCAAGCUUAGGAAUAACUCUGAGAUGGACCAGUCUUUGGGUGGGUGGGUCUUGAGAAAGAGCCACAGGACCAUGCCCGAGGUGUCCUUUCAGAUCCCCGCCUCUUACGUCCUGAGAGGAGGACAGACGCUAACUAUUUGGGGGGCCGGUGCUGGGGUUGAACCGAAACCCCCCACUGAUUUGGUGCUGAAGACCCAGAGGAACUGGGGAAUGGUUGACGAUGUAAGGGUUGUCCUGGUGACCCCUCAUAACGAGGAGACGGCAGAGCGGAGGCUGGUGCGUGUGCAGAGGGGGGCUGAGGGGGAGUCUGACGUGGAGCUGGAGGAAGAGGACGUCGGCGGCGGCAGCAGCGAGCUGCAUCUCCGGCGGCAGCCAAAAAGAAGAAAAAAGAAAUGUUGUUUGGUCUCGUGAGCGCCACCUUUUGGUGCAGACAGACAGAGACCGUCAGACCCCAGUAGGGGCGGACCGCGGAGGAGGCCAGCUGCGCCGUUAUGUAAUCACGUUCAUUUCGACCCCGGGAGCCCCAAACGUGACCGCGCUGUGACCGGAGAGGCCCCACGUCCCUUUCAGAGAGCCAUUUUCUCAGACGGAACUCAGUUGAUGACAGAAAAAGAGACCACUUCAACGACUCAUUUCACAGACGGGCUCUGUGGAAGUUCCAUAUUCAGAGCAUUUAAAGUAACAUGUAAACAGUGUAACUAUAAGAAACUUUUCAUCAUUUAAUGCCAUUCCAUUAAUAUUUUGGUUAUAUGGUUGGUUAUAUUUUUGUAGUGCAUUGUUACACUGUCUGUCACAGGCUCCCAUAAUGAGUAAUAUCACAGAGGUUUGUACUGGGCUACCACUUUCUCUGUCCCCAGUCAACCUCUACAGCGUCACAUGACCUACUUAAGGUUCUUUAAACUUUAACAGUCAGCGCUGUGACAUCAAACCUGUGACCAAGAGACUUCUACAAAGUCUUUGCAUCAGCAUGAUAUUUAAAAUUCUUAUUGGAAGAUCUGGAGUAGGAUAAAACUUAAGUGUUAAAUUGUAUGGGUGAUAGUAGAAUAGAUAUUUCUAAAUAUAUUUACUUUUGAUUAAAAAAAUAUUUUAUAAAUAAGCUACGACCCACUUGUCAUGAUGGCAAGGGUGCUGAAAAUUUGUGAAGAUAACCUGCAAAUCUAGUUAUACCUGCCUUUUGGAUUGGAAUCUGAACAUUAAGAAAAGCAACAAAUAUUAAAAACACAACAAAUUUGGCAACAGUGAGGGCAUAUGAAUAGGGUAGAGCUCAUACAUGGGGAUUUAUUCACUUUCUUUUCUGGUGUUCGUCUGUGUUCUGGGACCAUGAGAAUUACACAUACUUGAAAAUUAAUGAAAAUUCUUGUGAAAGCGGUGUACCUGUGUUGAGACACCGCUUGAGACACCAGAACUGAGCAUGUGCAACUUCUCUAAUCUGAAACUCUUCUCUAUAGUAUGCUUUCAAUAUAGGACUAAGUUUCUGAGAUGAGUAAAUAAAAUUUAAAAAAUUGUAUUCCUUUUAAGUAACAAAAAAGGUAAUGCUAGUGUGAACAUCCCAUUGACAUUUUCAAGAAUCUGUCCCGUGUAUAAUUUGAAAUCUAUGGCAGGUUAGGUCUGUAAUGAAUAAGUUCUAAGCUUCAAGUGAAUAUUAUUUUGAUUACGAAGAGAGAUGUUAUUUUGAGGUACUUGCAUUAAUUAUUGUCUGUGCCUUAUUCAGAUGGAAAUUAAAUAAUUAAAUUGUAAAUGAUUUCCCUGUUGAAACAAAGACAAGUUUGACACGGUUAAAUUGGAUUUAGUUCAAGAAACAUACCCAAGCAAUGUAAUGAGCACUUGUCUAA